AUGUCUUUCUCUCAGUUUGGAUACCCGUAUACCAGUGCUUCUCAGUUUUUGGUGCCAGCCAACCCCAGCACCACUUGCUGUGAAUCGGCGCCUCGCCCAGCCCCAGUCCCGGAUGGGUCCACCGGCUCGACCCAGGCCUCCGCCCUCUGCUGCCAGCCUUACGAGAACCGACUCCUGGGCAGUGCGCGCCCAGAGCUCGGCACAGCCCUAGGAGUUUACGGCUCCCCUUACGCAGCAGCGGCUGCGGCUGCUGCCGCAGCUUCUUCUCAUGGCUACUCCAGCUACCUGCCCUACAGCCCAGAGCCUCAGGCUCUCUACAACGUGCUGAACCCUCAAUAUGAACUCAAAGAAACCACUGGCAGCUUCCCACCUGGACUGGCACAGCCUGGAGCUUACUACCCCUAUGAACCUUCUCUGGGGCAGUAUCAGUAUGAGAGGUACAGUUCUGUGGACUUCAGUGGCUCAGCCAGGCGAAAGAAUGCCACCAGAGAGACUACCAGUACUCUGAAGGCCUGGUUGUAUGAGCAUCGCAAGAAUCCGUACCCCACCAAGGGUGAGAAGAUCAUGUUAGCUAUCAUUACCAAGAUGACCCUCACCCAGGUCUCUACCUGGUUUGCCAAUGCUCGGAGGCGCCUCAAGAAGGAGAACAAGAUGACCUGGUCUCCCAAGAACAAGGCAGGGGAAGAGAAAAAGGAGGAGAGGAGGGGAGAAGACAACUAUGGAGUAAAUGAAGGCCAAGAUCCAAAAGCCUACAAAGAGUCCAAGCAGCUGCGGCUAAGUGACCUGGAAGACUUAGAGGAAGAAGGUGAGGAAGAGGAGGAAGAAGAGGAAAUGGAAGACCAGGGUCUAGGGAAUACAUCGGACAAACUGGAGAGGCUACGGAAGGGUGUGAAGCUAGAGCCAGCAACCAACUGCGAGGCUUCACAGACUGAGCUUGAAAAAGAGGACCAUAACCUGAAGCAGCAUGGAACUCCACCCGAGUUCCCUUGCAAUAACCCUCCCUGCUCCCGGAGAUCAGACUUCUUGGAAGCCUGGAUGGGGCCAGCAGGCCAGAUUCACUGUGGGCCCAGUGAUAAGCCCCGGAUCUGGUCUUUGGCUCACACCGCUGGGGCCAGUGCCCUAGCAGGGGAAUCCGAGGUCCAGGCAGGGCCCCAUAGCCCUCAUCGCCAUCAGGCCCUAGGAAGACUUUCCUCUUUGGGCCAGGGCUGUGAAGCGACAGCCAUAGCUGGCAUGAGAGUCCAGACCAGCCGCUGCACGGUGUUAGAGGAGCCGCCCCUGGCAGCCAAGAUCUUUAGAAAUUCGACUUUCAACCUGCAGCAUUUGCAGCUGAACUGCGCCUCUUACCCUGGGCUGGGAGAGCCCUGCCAAUAUGCAUCCGGAGCAGAAGGCCAGGCGGGAGGAUCUCCUUGUGCUCCUUCAGACAGUGGAAGUAGCGGAAAGGAGGCGCUGGAGAGGCCCUUGUGGAAUGAAAACUCUGCUUCGCCCAUCAAGGAUUCUGUUGGCUCGGCUGCCCUGGCUGCCCCAGACACUCCUCGGGCGCUUCCCCCCGUCCCUCCUCCAGGAAACUGA